AAAAAAGAGAGAAAGAAAGAAACUAAACGAGAAAACCUUGUGGGGAUCUCAACCAAAGAUUGAAGAAGAAGAGUGAAAGAAUGGUGGCGAGAAUAGUUGUGGUUUUGGCAUGUAUGGUGGUUAUGCUACGGCUGAGCGAAGCGGCAGUGUAUAAAGUCGGCGACUCAGCAGGCUGGACAACGAUAGCUAAUGUAGAUUAUAAGCUAUGGGCUUCAACCAAAACUUUCCACAUUGGUGAUACUGUCUUGUUUCAAUACAACCCACAAUUCCAUAACGUGAUGAGAGUGACGCACGCAAUGUACAGAAGCUGCAACAACUCAAACCCAAUCUCCACCUUCACCACAGGCAAUGACUCAGUCACACUCACCAAUCAUGGCCACCAUUUCUUCUUCUGCGGCGUUCCUGGUCAUUGUCAAGCCGGUCAGAAGCUCGACCUCAACGUCAUUCAACAUGACUCCUCAAAGUCACUCUCUGAUCCACCGAUCUCCUCAGAUUCUUCCUCUCCCUCUUCUUCUCCAUCCACUACUACUAUUCCUGCGGCCGGUGUCCCCGGUCCAUCUCCUAGCCACGCUGCUUCUCUCCCACAUGUGGCCUCAGCUGUGGUGGUUGCCCUUGUCUCUUGUCUCUUUGUAAAUUUUGCUUAUUAAUUAGGAUUAUAAUAUACAUUACGUAUAAGUUUUUUGUUAAAUGCCCGAAAAUGUUUUUGUUAUGAUUUCUCCUUUCUACCGUAUUGUUCUCUUUUUUUUCUAAUUGAUUCAAAAUGUUUAGAGUGUCAAUAAUAAAAAGAAAAGUGUGUACUAACGGUUUAGUUAGUACUUAUUUUUGUCAGGG